AUGGAUCAGAAUUUGAGGGAUGCUGCCGAGCAAGGAAACAUUGACGCCUUGUACUCGUUGAUUGAAAUCGACCCGGAAGUUUUGAACAAGAUGGAUGAGAUUCCAUUUGUUGAAACGCCUUUACACGUGGCUGCAGCUGCUGGACAGACCCAGUUUGCCAUGGAGAUGAUGAUGUUAAAGCCAUCAUUUGCUAGGAAGCUUAACCCCAAUGGCUUCACCCCCUUGCUCCUUGCUAUGCAAAAUAACCAAACCCAGUUGGUGCGCGAGCUAGUUUUUGUUCAUGAGGACCUUGUCUGUGCAAGAGGAAGGUGGGGUAUGAAUCUUUUACAUUAUGCAGCUCAAAUAGGAGACCUCUCUCUAUUGACUCAUUUUCUAAGAUUCUACCCCAAGUCUAUUAAAGAUGUGACAAGUCGAAAGGAGACUGCUCUGCAUAUUGCACUAAAAAACGACAUGUUAGAUGCCUUUCAGCUCCUGGUUGGAUGGCUUCGGCGGGCCUGGCGUACAAAUGCGGAAUACUGGGAGUAUAAGAUGUUGAAUUGGAUAGAUUUGGACGGUAACACUGUGUUGCACAUCGCAGCAUCCAAAAAUCAACCCCAGGUGGUGAGGUGGUUAUUGGAUAGUACAUUACUCUUUGUAAACGCCAAGAAUUCAGAGGGUUUUACUGCUCUGGACAUCGCGGUGGAUAGUCAAACACAAGCGGACAACCAAGAGAUGAGGAAUAUGCUACGCCGUGCCGGAGCAAAAAGAGCUUCAUCUCUUACUAAGGUUGUAGAUUGGGCAGAUUACCACAGAUCUCCUGUCACAAUUUAUGACAAGUUAUGCGUACUUUUCUUGCGUCAGAGAACGCAACUGUCAAACGACUUUCGCAGUAUGUUGUUGGUGGUUGCAGUACUGCUUGUAACAAUUGCCUACCAAGCAGUACUCAGCCCCCCAGGAGGAUUUUGGCAAGAUAACUUCAUUCCCGGAACUAAUACCCAGCUCAAUAUCACAGCCGCCACCGGCGCAAGUGGUGAAGAUUGGAAGAAAAUAGAGGAACAAGAUUAG